UGUCGUCUUCAGGUCGCGACUAUGCACACACGUGUCAAACGAUGCAGUGAGGAAUUUGGACAAAUUUGCCACCGUUUCGGCGACUUUUCGGAUCACCUUAGUCGCUUUGACGUGGACAAGUUGUUGUGUGACGUGCUGAACGUGUGUCAUGAUGAUUAUAACAAGAGAAACGCGUUUAUUUGUCCUCGCUAACGGCGGAGGGCUGGGGAGCUAAGUUAGCAUUAGCCGAGCCGGAGAACAGCAUGUUCAGACUUGUUCCCAGACACACGAGCGAGGGAACAACGACACACAGCAUCAGAAAACGGCUAUUUUAAUUCGCUAAUAAGAAACAAAAUGGAUUACCAGUUCCCACAGCAGCUUUUUCCUUCGUUUUACAACUGUGGACCGCCGGAUACGGUCCUGAAACACUGUGCAGGAAAUUGGGGUUGCUACGACCGAGUCAGACCUCAGGGCAGCUCUGGUCCUCUCUCCAGCUGGACGUUUACAUCCAGACAUCAGGUCAGAGGGGAGACAUGGCGAUACACCGAGCCGGUGCCGAUUCCCCUCCUGUCUCCCAAAAACUCUUUCCUUUGGUCCUCGAAGCCUCCAGAUCCGCUGGACUUCACAGAACAUAUGCAGAACUUCUUCAUGGAUCACUGCCAGGACGCCUUCGGGUGCAUGAGUGAAAUUCUGGGUGAACAUUUCAACUUCAAAAAAGGAGAAAAAGAGAAAUAUCGCAGAGAUUCAAUCAACAUGUGGAAGGUGAGAAAGUUCCUGGACUUGCUAAAUCUUAAAAUAUGCCAGCAGACGUAUUCCUCCAGAUCAAUGGCGGCGUACGGCGUCCUGCUGUCAGACACCGUGCACGACAUCCCUCCGGAGCUGCUUGGAGCUCUGCUGCACGAGGAGCUGACGGAGCAGAGAGACCGCCUGCUGUUCUCUGAAGGAGCCACAGGAGGCGCUCUGGCCUUCAUCCCUUUCUCCCAGAGCAGCAGCAGCAGCAGCAGCAGCAGCUCUCAGCGUGGCUGCCUCCUCUACCCUGGAAACCAAGGACUGGACCGCCUCAACUUCCACACAGUGGAGCUGCAGCACCACAGAGGAGGUUCUUCCUGCGUGGACGCCAGCAGCAGCGAGCCGCUCAGCUUCAAACUGAAAGGCCCCGUCAGACAGAUCAGCUCGGCCUCGCUCCUCAACGACUGUUGUGUUGCCGUGCGGUCGGAUCAUCUGUGUGGAGUUUGGAGAUUCAGUGAAAGCAACGAACCUCGUCUGCUGCAGGUGGUCAACACCAAAGAGGUGGCAACCUGCGUCAGCGUCAGUCCUCAUGUUUUAGGUGAAGUUCUGGUGGUGAGUGAGAGCGGAACAGCAAACCUGUGGACCGUGGGCAAAGGGAUACAGAAGAUUCGGGAGGAGGACAGCAACCUGUAUUUCAACGCCAAGUCAUCUUGGCGAUGGUGCGAGUUUUCCGCCCACCCGAGGGUGAUGCUGUACGCUGACAGGACAGGGGUGGAGCUCUCUGACAUCAGGGUGAGCCCUGCCUCCAAUCACACUCUGUUUCGUAUAAGCAACACCUCCGAGUGUCGGAGUGGAGAGAGACUCAUCCUGACCAGAUACCUGGGAGAUGUCCACUCCUUCCACCACCUCAUCACCACUCAGCACUCAGCCUACAUCAUGGAUGAGCGUUUUCCCUGCAUGCCCAUGCUCAAGUGGGACCACAUGAUGCAGUCCCCGCCAAUGUUUUGUCACGUCCUCCCUGGCUCCGCCUCCUCUGGCUCAGCGGCGGGCGGGUCCGGAACCACUAAGGUCCUGCUUGGCUCCCAGAGUUCCCAGGAAAUUACAAUGCUGCAGUACUCAGGAGGCAGAGCGGAGGCCUGUUUCAGUCGAGGUCCUCCUCAGGCUCUGCUCAGACCCAAAGACAGUUUGAAACACCUUCCUGUCCAGAUCCCUCACCGCCUGGACACAGCAACCAACAGACUGUCAACACCUGCCGCAGGUCUGACUUGUAUCCAGAAGAGAGGAGGAAGAGAAGGAAGUGGUGAGGAGUGUAUCUGCAUCCUGCAGCUCACAGAGGCAGGAGAUAUUUUCUAUCAGGUCCUUGAACCCGACCAGCCGGAUACCUCUCAACCUCCAGCUGAGGAUGAACCCCUGUCUCAACAAGAAGCCAAAAAACUGCCACAACCAACACUGAAAAAUGCCACAACAUCAGGCAAGAUAACAGCAGAAAAACCUCCGACGUCACAGGUGACGCUGCCAGAUUCUCAGCCGGUGGUAACGGACACAUCGAGCGACGAGGACAUAAUCGGGCCGACUCAGGGUGUGACUAUGCAGAGGUUUGUGCCUGAAACACCAGAGAGAGAGAACGUGUACUCUGACGCUUCCUCCGAGGAUUCAGAAUCAGAAAGGAAAAGACGAAAACUGAAGAAAUUAAUGCUGCAGGUCGUCGUCAACGAUGAUCCAGAGCUGGAUGAGGUGAAUGGAUCGGAUGCAGGUGCGAAAGAUGGACAGGUGAGUAAAGAUGAAGCUGAUGAUGCUGGGGAACCCGGCAGUGUGGAGGAAACGGUCGGCGGCUCCGGCAGUUCGAGUCACGUCGAUCCCCCCGAGCAGCAGACUUCAGUAAAGCUCAGCGACGGCACUCUCGUCACAUGGAAACACUGGCUCCAGAAACUGAUGCACAAGAGCCGCGAGAAGAAGCCCCGCCCGCACCGCCUGCCGCAUUUCACAAUCACGACCGAAGACGUCCUCCACCCGUCCGAUGACAAAAUGAGAGAUGUGACAGAGGAGGAGCGUGUGCAGAGCCUGAGGCGUGAUCUGAGAGCGUGCAUGUCUAACCGCUCGCUGCUGCUUAAUCGCGCCAUCUCCGCCGGGCCCGCGGAUACGGUGCCGCUUCCAAACCUGGUGGACACAGAAGACUGGACCGACCAGCUCAGCCACCGCCUGACCAUCUCCUGGCAGGGGGAGGAGGCGUGGCGGGCGUGGUGGGAGGACAAGCUGGGCCUGAACAGGGAGCAGAAGGUGCAAGCUCUAAAGAAGAAGAGGAGGAGGGAGAAGGAAGCGAAGAGAGCCGCCGGCCGACGCCUGGUUCUGUCCGGGAGCUUCACCUCGUCUCUCAGCUACCAGUCGGAGCUGGACGACUUCUCCGAUUCCACCGGCUGGUCUUCCGCAGCGAGCCAGAGGGCGAGUUCGGACACAGAAGGGACGGGGCCGCUGUCCCAGCUGCGGGCCUUUAUGGAGGAAGGGACGCCAAGAGCCGACACACCCACCACCGUGCAAUCUGACACUCCAGUUCCCACGCCAACCGCCACACCUCAGAAAACCAAAGAUAAACAACACGAUCAGCAGACUCCCAGCGGCUCCCGCACCCCCUCCCUGUCCCAGACACUCAAACCUGAAGCCACACCGGUCAGUCAGAGGAGGAACAAACGUCCAGCAGAGGACUACCUCAGCUCUCUGUUCGCACCACAGGACGAGCCCUCGCAGCAUGACGGUUAUUUCCUGGAAGAAGGGAGCGCCGUGCAGCCCACACCUCCACCUACGGCCUCCUCAUCUCAGCUCCGCAGCUCUCAGUCUCUCUCUCAGAGGAACCUCGGGGCGAGUCUGUCUCAGGACACCUGGUUGAGUUUCUCCCAGCCUCUGUCCUUCUCCCAGAGUUCACAGGGUCGCACGGGGCUGUCGCAGGCAUCCCAAACAAAGAAGAAGAAGUCUCGGAUGGGGUUUUGAUUCGUCGGUCAGUCUGUCCGUCUACGGAGGGGGAGUGUAUUGUUUUGGAAAUCCUAAAAUUCAAAAUGCAGAAGCAGGACUUUGAGGAUUUUUUCUUUGGUUUUCUUACAACUUUCAGUGUUCGUUUGGGUUUGAAAGUGCAGACGCAGCUUUCUUUUUUCUUUUCUUUUUUUUUAUCUUCAGUGACACGAAUAAACAAGUCUUGAAGGAUUACCAGAGUUUGAAGGCAUCCUGUCAUGAGGACAUCCAACCAGUCAAAUGAUUGACUUCUAUUUGACUUGGAUGGAAGUUGUGCCUCCUCUUCGAUGCCAUCAUCUUCAAACUUGAAAAACAGCCGGACCUGGAGCCGACCAGCCUCGAAUUAAAUGAAAGUUCUUCAGCGUCUUGAUCUGCUUCAGGAUUGUAAAACAGAUCUAUGAUGGUGAUAUUUAUCAGGAUUGUGAUUACAAAAAUAUGAACAGGACAUGUAAACUGGAUGUAAUGGAGGACUUCAUGUUGGAAAAGGAUCCGUCAGUGUUUGUGAUCCCUGAAGUCGUCUGGAGGCUGAAGAUGACUGACUCAUUUGGUAGGACUGAGUGGAAUUUCUUAUCUUUGUUUUGUGGUUGUGUGUUUCGUCUGCCGUUGUGAUGCUGCUGGACUCGUUGUUUUGCUUUUCAGAAGGCGCUGACUCAGCAAAGUGACUCAACUGAUGUUUCACGCUGUUUUGACCAAUUUGUGUUUUACUGGUUCACUAUUAAUGUUACAACUAUGUCAAUGUUGACAUAGUUUUGCAUGGACUCCAGAGGAUGCAGCAGUUCAUCAGGAGACUUUUGAGACUUUUUAUUGGUUGAAUCUGAGAUAAAAGCUGAAAGGAAAUGAGUCAAAUAAAAUCUUAGACUCCAAAAUAAAUCUUGAGUCAACAGCAGUGACGUUAAACAAUACGAUACUAAAUGAUUAGAAAUAAAAAAAAACAGCUGUUUUGUUAGGAAUAAAAGGACAUAUUGAUGCUGUUCCUGGCAGUGUGACAAUGCAUUUCAUCUUCUGGAGCAGCAUCUCUGCUCUGAUUGGCUGGUUUACUGGAGACACUGUAUGACUAUGAAUGUAUGUUAUUUCUAUCUUGUUAUAAGCUGUUAAAUAUUUAGUUUGUAAUGAAAGUCUGGAUAUAUUUGGUGACAUUUGCCUUUUCCAGUUCUUCUCAGAUGUUUUUUUUUACUUUGUUAAAUUAAAGAAAAUGUGCCAAUGAUAAAAUAUUUUAUGAAACUUUUCUACAUCUGCUUUUCUAAAUAAAAGUGAAGCAGUCUGCUCAGAGGAA